CAACCAAUAUACCGUAAGAACAUACGAUUUAUUUGGACUCCAGGGCAUUGUGGAAUCAGUGAAAAUGAGAAACCUGACAAAGGAGCUAGAGAAUUAGCAAUUAUUAACCCUAUAAAGGAAUUACGCACUUACUUGUGCCAAUUUAUGGGAAUCCGAAUGGCGAAGCACACCCAAUAA